CUGUAAUAUACCGGAACACCAAGCAUACACAUCCCAGUGGACCAUCAAAUAGUUUCCGAUUGGAUAUAAUAGCAUCCAAAGAACCUAGUGAAAGAUUAUUGCUGGCGACAGUUGAUUGUUGGACCCCGCAACACACAUAAAUACAGAUUUCAUUUUAUCCUUCCAGUCACAACGACAAGGCUCAGCAACCUACCGGAGAAAAGAGCAGUCCUCAAAUAUCGCAAAUUACAAGUUCCUUUCAUUCCCUCUCACUAUCCAUCCUUCAACCCUUGUCUCUUGCCCCCACUCUCACAUCACAACUUCAUUUCAGUGUCACAAAACACACGGAGCGUCUGAGUUUAGGUAAUCCUGCCUCGCAAAAUAAACUGCUCUGUUCCUUGAGGAUCAGCUAUUUGAGGUGCUGCAGUUAAGCGGAUAUAUGGUUAAUCCUAUUUCCACUCGCAGUCUUCACCUCUAUAAAUCUGUAAACCCGAUCACAAAAGUCACCAAGCUUUUAUACCAAUUUCAAACAACCGCGCACUCUCGGAACCAUCUGGUCAAAAUGGAUCAAGACCCGUGGCAUCCAGAUUUACCCAACCCCACUCGAUCAGAGAAUGAUAAUGGAGGCGGUGUCUCAACGUUAUUACUGGUCUUCAUACCAGUACUAGUGGUCGUACUCACUGUACUGGUAGGAAUGGUAGUAUUUUUGAUAGUUGUGUUGUAUGUACGUCGGAAGAGAGGCAUUAGAUUAUUGGAAGAUGGCGGGCCAUUAGAUUUAUCAAAAGGGGACGGCGUUGUUGGGGAAGGUGGUGUAGAAGGUGUGGAAUCUAGAUGGUUGGAAACGGUAGACCCGGAAGUUCGGGAGGCGUAUAAUCGUGCCAAGGACUGGCAGUCACAAUACCCUCCUACGUCCAUCCCCACCGACAUUACUCUUUCUCAGUUCCUGUCUAUUCAAGAAAAGGGCGUCUCGGCUUGGGCGUUCGAGCCAGAUUAUGAAGACAAUCUUUCCCUUUACGUGCAAUCUCGUACGGAAAUUACAUUCUUGGCGGAUGGUCCUGGUAUGCCCGCUCGCGAGGGAGGUGGUAACAAUGUCAUGGCAAACUUACCUCUUCCCAAGCUCAACGAAGUGUAUUAUUGGGAAGUCAAAAUGUACGACAAGCCGGUUAACACCGAGGUCGCUAUUGGUCUCGCAACCAAGCCUUAUCCAUCGUUCAGGUUACCUGGGUGGAACAAGUACUCUGUCGCGUAUUUUGCUUCGGACGGGUUCAAGUCGCACAAUUACCCGUUUACUUCAGCUUCUUAUGGGCCUGCCUUGGCUGAAGGUGACGUCCUAGGGGUGGGUUACCGCCCUCGAACCGGCACUGUCUUCUUCACUCGCAACGGACGUAAGCUUGAAGAUGCUUAUACCGGUUUGCAACGGCUCAAUCUGUUCCCGACCGUCGGUGCUAAUGGGCCUUGUACAUUGCAUGUCAACCUUGGUCAAGCGGGUUUCGUGUUUAUCGAGGCAAACGUGAAGAAGUGGGGUUUGGCGCCAAUGACUGGUACGCUUGCGCCUCCACCUGCUUAUGGAAGCGAGCGAGGAUCCAUCUUGCUUGAAUCAGGUUAUGGUACGCCAGGUGCUGCGGUUGCUGGAGGAGCUGGACGACCUAAUAGGCACAGUGGCAUGGGCGCGCUGCUAGAAGCUGCUCGGAAUAGGGGCACGUCAGGUCCGGGACCGCAGACACAGAGGACAAGGAGACACAAGCAUAGGGAUCACCGGGUACUUCCUACUGAUCCUCAUGUUUCCAGCCCUCUCCGUCCAAUGGGCUCAGAGGCCGAUUCUUCAAGCGCCGGUGCCACUCCUUCCUCUCCCUCUCCCGCUCCUGGUUUCUCUUCCUACGUUUCACCUACCGACAGGCCCUCUUCUCAAACUCGCGUCCCUCCAUUUGUCAUCUCUUCAUCGUCGUCCUCCGCUUCCGGUUCUGUGGAUGAGGGUGAUAUUGUCGAUGGGGAAGACGAAAGCGCCACCACGCCUCUCGACGCCGAGUUAGAUCGUGAGCAAUCACCUAUCGAGCAUAAUCCACCUACACCCAAUCUUCUCGACAUUUCAAUGCACAGCAUUCGAGGUCAAUACUUUCCUAGCCAGUUCACUUCUCCUCAAGACCCUCCUGUUUCUCACUCUGUCCCAUCGCCAGCACCAGGUCCUUCCAGAUCAAAUUCCGAAUUUCCGCCACCACCAGGUUACGCUCCACUCGACCCACAUGUAUAUGCAAAUGGGUUACCGGCAGACUUGCCGGAAGACAUGGUUAACCAGGCUAUCGCUGCGAUGAGCGAAGCUGAGGUCCAACAAGCACAGACUGAGGCGCUCCCACAGACACAAGGAGGGCAGUCAAUUGAGGAGAGUGGUGAAAGGUCUCAGGGACAAAGAGUGCUCGGAUGGAUCUUUGGUCGGUCAUAAGAAAUUUGGGGUUUCAUUUCCUUUUUUCUUCAUUCAUCCGGUUCUUCUCUUUAAAACAAAUAUUUUGCUUUUGUUGAUAUGUCUAAUUGUUCAAGAAAGGGAUUGUAUUUUGCACGAGAUGCA